UUAGGUUACUAGCCAGACCUUUCACACCUUGAAAAUAAGUCACACGAAAACACUUCAGUAGUGUUGUUGAUGUCAUGAAGGGACGUUGUGUUGGAGCUGCUGACAUCAUGCCUUGCCCACCUUACAGUUACUCUCGGGAACAUGAAGGAAAAAAUGGCAGUAAAUGCUCAGCUGGAAUGCAUAAUAUGUGGGAUUAUGGUGCCUUCAGUUUACAAGUACCACACUCACAACAUUCGUCGGCACUCGCUAGCGGAGCUGUCACGUGCCAUUCUCAAACUGAAGAACUUGCCGCUGCCAUUAAAUGAUCCUCCAGCAGAGGUUGGUAAUGAAAAUGAAGAAGAGCAGACUAAGGGAGAACAACGACAACAACAGCCGAGAUUUGAUGUGGAAGUGGCUGAAGCUUUAGGACUGUCUGUUAGAGUAGACCUAAUGGAUGAAGAAAUUAUUGAAUUGGGACCAACGGACAAUGCAGAUCACCUUCAAAUUCAAAGCCGUCAAGUUAAAAAUUUGCAUGAAAAGAAUCAACAAUCAAGACAAGUUAUUGAAGUUAAGGAAAAUAAAACUUCACCUUGUUAUACUAACCCUACUGCUGAGGAUCCUGAUGCUAUUGUUGUUAAGUUCAACAGAGAAUUGUUUACAGCACAAGACAACAGCAGUCCAUCAUUAUACACAGGAGAUACCAGUAAAACUAGACUUAUUAACAGGCAAAUGAGAGCUGUAGUUAAGAGAACUAUUGACAUCCCAAAUCCUAAUACUUUUAUUAUGGAUUAUAAAAAGGCAAUGUCUCGAUCUAAUAAAUAUAUCAUGCAAAAUAUCAGUGUGGCUGAUAAUUCUCCAAAAAAACGACGUGGGCGUCCCAAAAAGAAUGCAGAAAAUGAUGAUUAUAUUCCAUCCAAAAUAGUCAGCAGAAAGAAAUUAUUAGGUGAACCUGAACUUUCUGAGGAGGAGGAUGACUUGGAAGGACUAGUUGAUCCUCCUCUUUUCUCCGAGGAUGAAGAUGAGGAAGCAGAUGCAGUCAUGCCCAACAUCACCAGGACACGCUCUGGAAGAACCAUCAAAAUAAAAGCAGAAGAUGGUACAUUUGAAUACUAUGAUAUACCUGGAAGACAUCAAGUGGACACAGAUGACUUAAAUAGUCAUAAAUAUUGGAAUGAGAAUUCCAUUCCGAUUGUGACUACUGGGGAAAGAAGAGGAAGAAAACGCAAACAGAUAAACAAAUCUAAUUUUGACACCUCUGAUCCUAUCGUGAAGGAUGAUUCCUGUAAACGUUCUCUGGCUGAAAAUACUAGAAAUUCAGUCAAAUUACUUGAAAUUAAAAAAGAAUUAGACUGUAAAAUUACAAAUGUAAUUGAAGAUCUAGUUAUGCCAACCACUAAUGAGAUUGUAGAAGAUUCAAAGGAAUUUGACAGAUCUUCAAUUGUAGAAUCUUUUGAUGGUUAUGAAUGUUUUUUGUGCUUGAAGUCAUUUAAUUUUAAAGAUUGUGAAAAGCACAUACACGAGCAUCUUCAUAAAGAAAUUAUAGACAAUGAAACUGCAAUUGGUAGUUCACAUGAAUUUGAUGACAAAGUAUCUGAUAAUAGUCAUGAUGUAAAUAUUAGAGUUGAUGCUACCCAAAUAUCCAAAGAUGCCAAUGCAGUAGCUUCUGUAGUUGAUAUCUAUACAAAAUCUGAUAAUCACUUGUCAACAGAUACUGGUAUAGCUAGUCAGCUCUCGACUGAGUUUAAUGAUUCAUUUACUUGCUCCAUAUGUAAUGAAGAUUUUGAUUCUCGGGCAGCUCUUCUAGAGCACACCCAUGAAAAUAUCUAUACCUGCAAGUUAUGCGGAAAAAAAUACCAGAAAAGACUCACUUUGCAGUCCCACAUGAAGAGAUAUCAUGAAGAAACUGACUGGAUGAAAUUCAAAUGUGCAACUUGUGGGAAGAAUUUUGGAUUUUUGACCUCUUUAGAGAGACACAUGAAAGAGCAUAAUCCAAAUAAGAAGUUUUGCUGUGAGCAGUGUGGGAAGGUUUUCAAGAGUCUUGUCAAUUUAAAAAUACACAUAGGACUGCAUACAAAAGAUGAAGUUUAUGAAUGCCCAUAUUGUCCAAAAAAAUAUUACAUUAGGUAUAGUUUUGAAAAGCAUUUCCGAACUCAUGUUGAAGCACCAAAGUUUCAUUGUGAAAUGUGUGAUAAAAACUUUAGUGAAAGAAAACAUUUUGAAGUUCAUUUAGAGAGACAUCAAAAUGGUGGGAGCUUGGGCAGGAGUAAAGAUCUCAAGUGCAAUAAUUGUGGAGAUAUUAAAAGUCCAACAGAAUUAGAAAUAGUGAGUGGAACUGAUCCAGGUCAUCACAAAAAGUGUUUGGAAUGUGGUAAGGGACUUUAUAAAAGAUUCAUGAUUGAAAACAUUGAUACAUCAUCAUUACAAAUAAAGAGUGAUAAACAGAGGGAGCAGUGCAAAUUAUGUGGAAAAUCUGUGCUCAAUCUCCAAAGACAUCUCAAGCACACUCAUUUAGAAAAUGAUUAUGUACCAUGUCAUAUCUGUGGAGUACUUGUUACAAAAUCAUCCUUACCAGCUCACAAAAAUCGAAAGCAUGGUGGAUCUGCAGUGACUUGUGAUCAUUGUAACAAAGUAUUCAAAAACAUAAUGUGUUUAAGGGAGCAUAUGACAAAGGUUCGAAGGAAAGAAGAUCCAACCAAAAAUAUAUGCAAAUUUUGCAAAGAAGUGAUUGCUCCUGAACUUUGGAAAGAACACAUGAUGAGGCAUCGAACAAAGUGUAAUGACUGUGGAGCUUCAAACUUCCCAACUCAUGAAGAAUUUAUGGCUCACCUUGAAACUUGCAGGAGAUGCAGCAAUUGUGGCACAACUGAUUUUAAUUCACGAGGGGAAUUUUUAGAUCAUAUCGAAAUAUGUAGCAGCAGCAUUGACAUAAUGACUGGUACUCUGGACUCUUCCAAUGAUCAAGAAAUCGUAACCAGUAUAUUUGCGAUAGAUGACUGCACAUGCUGUGAAACAUGUGGUGAAGUAUUUGAAAGUCCAGAAACUCUUGCCCACCAUAUUACAGAAGCUCACCAAAGUGCACUCUCAUCUAGUCACAUUCUAGAUCAAAAUGCCAUGAUUGAUGAAGCUAUCUUGUAUGCCUGUCCUUAGGAAUCUUAUAUUUAUUGCUACAAGCAAAGGGUUGCUGAAAGAUCGCUCUGUCAGUGCACAUUUGUAUUUCCAAUUUUGAUCAUUUCACAUAAAUGCCUGAUACUGAAAAUUGUUAGUAUUGUACUGUAUAGAAUGUAAUUUUUCUAAAUAUAUUUUUGUAUAGAUUAUAAGCAUUUUAA